AAUCUGGCAAUCCUAAAAUAAAAACAAUCUAGAAUAACGCGGAAAUUCCCUUUUUUGUUAAAGUGCGGCACGUGUGGAAUCGUUGUUCCUUCGAACUUAUUAUCCUCGUAAUUUAUUUUUGAAAAAUGACUGGUGACGAAAGUGCAAAAAGGCCUGCAUCUGUGCAGUGGGCUGAAAGGCGGACCCUUGUAUAUGUUUUUAUCCAUGUUCCUGAUUGUAAGAAGCCAGAUAUCAAAUUAAGUUCUGACAAGCUGGUUUUUAGAGGAAAAGAUGAAGAAGGAACUGAAUUCGAAAAUAUUCUCAAUUUCUACAAGGAUAUUAAAGUUGAGGACUCCAAAUAUUCCCACACUGAUAGAGGUAUUGAUUUUGUUUUAAAGAAAGCAGAGGAAGGACCCUAUUGGAAUAGGCUUUUAAAGGAUAAUAAAAAGUACCAUUGGCUCCGAAUAGAUUUUAACAGAUAUAAAGACGAAGACGAUUCUGAUUUCGAUGCAAAUGAUGAUGGAGAUUUUGAAGAAAUGAUGAAAAAGAUGGGAGGUUUGCAGUCUUCUAGCAAUGAUUUGGAUGAUUUGACGGAUUCUGAUGACGGAGAAGAAGCUGAGGAAGAGGAAGCAGCUGCAUAAAAUCUUAGUUCUUUUGUUUUUUAAUUCCAUUUCCCUUUUGUGAUAAUGUUCAUAAUUUUGCAUUCAUCUUGCAUGUACCAGUAAAAAUUUCUAAAAGAAAAA